AUGUCGACGGAAUCUUCAACGUCCGACAUGACCACUGUGGGAUAUGACAGGACCACGGCAAAUGUAACUCAAAUUUCGUCAAGUGUCAACACACCGCUUGCAGUGGUUUAUCUGCUUCUGUCAAUGUUGGUGAUGAUAACCAACGGCAUCAUCGUAUUCGUCUUGACAAAGAUCCGUCACCUUCACCUACCGACUCUGCUCAUUCUGAACUUCAUGGCCUGUUGUGACUUUCUUAUGGGACUGCACUUUUUCAUAUUUGCCAUGCCUUCAGCCUUUCUUGAUUCAUUUGCAUACUCUGAUUCCUGUAUCGGAAUGGUGGCCAUGUUGUUUAUAAUCCUCGCCGGACAGAAUGCACUGAAUAUUGCAAUAGCCGUUGUAGACCGCUAUAUCGCCGUGAACAAGCCUCUGGCAUAUGUACGUAUUGUCACUAGCAAGAAGUUGUAUGUCGUCUUCGUGGUGUCAGUCGUCAUAUCGCUGUGCAGAAUGGCAGUUAUAGCCUUCCCAGACAGGGACUAUUACUACAACCCCAUCGUAGCGGUGUGUGUGACGGACUUUAACACUCUCCCAGCGGUCAUUGCCUCCAUCUCUCCCUUCAUUCUCUUGUGUGCACUGAUGGUCCUAUCGGUGGGGAUGUUCAGGAAACUAAGACGCGGACGUCUCAUAUUCCCCGAGGGGGGUCUGCGCCAAGGUGUUAAGUUCCCUCACAUGGUCACUCUAAGAAUGAUGGUGAUGGCUGUUGUAAGCACUGUACCACCUCGCCAGCUGCCCGACAUUCAACGACAGAAGCAGCUUGGCCCUGUUGAACUGAGCACCCAGCGGGCUGUCCGAUAG